AUGUCAAGCGUCAAUCAAGAAAGUAAUGUUCUUCACGAUGCUUAUGGAUCAUAUACAUCAUCACCUCCAAUGCCUCCAGUUCCUCCAUUUCCAUGUACUGUUGAUAGUUUAUGCACCGCUGAUAAUCGUAUAUGUAAACAACAUAAAUACAUAUUAUUUGUAAAAAUUCACAAAACCGGUGAAACAAUUGAAAUUCCUUAUGGUAACUGGGAAAAUUGGUUAUGGUAUAAACAGCGUAUUAGUGAUCGUACGGGAAUUUCUAUCCAAGAAAUGCGAAUGAUUUAUGCUGGAGCCGAUAGAGAUGAUUUAAAAAGACACAGUGGAUUACAAUAUCAAAGCACUAUA